AUGACUUACCUUGCCGACCUUCAUUCGUACCUACAUCAGUCCUCACUACUCAUCCAAGCGUAUCCCUCCACACGAAUAACGACAAAGUACUCGCUCCCUCGAAAACCCAAUACGAAGGCCAUGUCCAAGCCGAGUGACGGACCUGCACCGACGGCAGAUACAACGGCGGUUGCGUCGCAGCCCAAGCGUGAACCGUCGGCGGUCCUUACACUUAAAACAUACCACCCGGAGUCUGGCAUCUGCCUAAAAUAUCGAACAGACAAGGCGGCUGAGGUGGGAAGACUAUUGACCGGGCUCGGAAGAUUGGCAAAAAGAGAAGUCAUAGAGAUACCCACAGCGGCCACGGCUCAGAUCGAAUCUGGACGAGCUGCCGAGGGUGACAAGAUGGAAAUAGACAGCGGGGUGUCUGCGCCCAAGGUUGAGGACAAAGUAGUGACGGCACCGCCCGCAGUGGUCCAGACUGGCGGCGGAGGCGGGGGCAAGGGAAAGAAGAAGAAAGGAAAGAAAUGA